AUGUUCCGUCCACCAGUCAAGCAAGUUUUUCUGAUGACAGCUAUGGUGAAUAUUAUGUCCAAGAGUGGCGAAGCUUAUCAAGUUCGAGCAUUGUUAGAUUCAGGAUCUCAAAUCAAUCUGUUAUCGGAAUCUUUGAUGAAGAAAUUGAAUAUUCCGAAACAACCGGCUAACGUUCCCGUUAUUGGUGUAGGAGGUGCGAAAUCUCAUAUACGCCAUCGAGUGGUGGUGAGAAUGACGUCCAGCUAUAACAAUUUCUCUGCCUACGUUGAUUGCCUCGUCACGCCAAAGGUAACUGGAUCCGUUCCAUCAGCAAAUGUUCAAGUAGAUGCAUGGAACAUUCCCCCUGGUGUUAUAUUAGCUGAUACAUCAUUCAAUAAAUCCCGUGAAGUUGAAAUGCUGAUUGGAGCCGAACAUUUCUUCAAUAUUCUGAAACAAGGCCAGAUCAAGCUUGCAGAUAAUCUACCUACCUUGUACGAAACAAAGUUCGGAUGGGUUGUAACUGGUUCACUCGAAGAAACAGAGGAAAAUUCUCCAGUAUGUGCAAAUUUGGCUGUGACCGACGGACUAGAAGCGUGUUUACAGCGAUUCUUUCAUCAAGAAGAUAACACUGAACCAGACAAUAAUACUAAUGAACAAGAACAAUUUGAAGAACAUUUCCAACGAACCUAUCGUCGAAACAAAGAUGGACGAUUCGUAGUCCAGCUACCCUUUCGUGAAACAGUUCAACAAUUAGGAAGUUCCAGAUCGCUAGCAUUGAAACGAUUUCUGUUAUUGGAGAAACGACUGGCGCGCAAUCCAGAUUUGAUGACUCAAUAUGCUGAAUUUAUCAAUGAAUAUCGACUAUUAAACCAUUGCCGAGAAGUGAGAGAAGAAGAAGAUUCCCCUGGUCUUCAAACAUAUUAUCUUCCACAUCAUUGUGUCCUCAAACCAUUCAGUAGCAGCACCAAGUUGCGAGUAGUGUUUGACGCGACAGCAAAAACAAGUGAAUUUUCUUUGAAUGACGUAUUGAUGACAGGAACUAGCAGCCAAAGUGACCUGUUCAGCAUCGUACUACGAUUUAGGACUCAUGUUUAUGCCUUUUCUGUGGACGUUACAAAAUGUAACGACAAAUUCUCAUCGAUCCUUCCCAAACACGUUACCAGAGAAUAUUUUGGAGAUGUUCCCCAUCGGAAGAGUUAA